AUGGCCCCGAUUGGACAUGCGACUGCCAUCGCCACCACUGCAGGAGCCUCGAUGCCGACUAUAACGCUGCAGCAGCAGAUGGUUCACCACCAGCCCCAUCAACAGCAACAACAACCGCAGCAGCAGAUUGUACAUCAGCAGCAGCAGCAGCCGUCGCUGGUCACCACGACUACCCCCGGCGUGGUGGCCACCACCACGCUUGAUCUCACCUCGGUGAUUGCGGCCAAUUCUACAGCUGGGGUGGCAGCGACUACCUCUAACCAUCAUCAUCAGCAACAGCUUCAACAGCAGCAAUCUCAGCAACUUCAUCUUCAACAGCAACAGCAGCAUCUUCAACAGCAGCUCCAGCAGCAGCAGCAGCAGCAGCACGGCGGAAGUGGCGGUCAGGCGACCAUCUCAGUUCCGCUGUCGAUGCUGGCGAACCACAACAGUCCGCUCUCCAUAGCUCAUCAAGGUGAUCAUUCGACCGCUUCCUCAGCAUCAUCGGCCACGGCCAACAAUUCCCAGCAGCAGCACUUUUCCACCAUUCUCCAGCAGUUUGAGAAGGUGGCCGUGUCGCCGGUGUCUGCAGUGGCCGCCGCCGCCGCCGGCUUCUCUGACAGCACCCGACUGGCGUCCAUUGCCGCGGUCGUUCAGCAGCAGCAGCAGCAGCAGCAACAACAACAGCAAUCCCGAGGUGAUGGUGGUCAUCAUUCAGGAGGUGGACAUCAGCAUCAGCAGCAGCAGCCGUUGGUGGUCGUCCCAGCGGGCCUUCAGCACCAGCUCGCCACCUCGGCGGUGCCCAUCAGCGCGACCAUCGUCUCCUCGGCGCCAUCGGUUCAGCAACAGCAGCAGCAGCAGCAGCAGAAUAAUCAGGCC